AUGGAGCGUGCAGAGAAGCUCCAGAAACUCGACAACCUGCGGCGCAAAGUGCCGCAUGCGAGCAAAUCUGCUUUGAGCGCCAUCUUGGCGGAGGUCGCCGAGGAGGGCGUGCCCGAGUUACACCAAGCGCAUCAUAUGCGGGAAGCGACGCGCAUGGUCUUGCAGCAGAACAGGCUAUACGGCCCCAUGCUAGACAGGUGCACCUUUGUUGCAAGUGCAAGCAAAAGCAAAAGCGGGCUCAAGCACCCGGGAGCGCUCAUGGUGAACGUGGCCCCUGGCAACGUGCUGGCCAAUCGCCAGAGUCGCAAAAUCUGGGUCGUGUACUGCAGUUUCCUGGAGUUCGGUGUGCAUUUGACCCACGAGCCUGCAUGGCUGGUAGCGGGCGUUUACCGCAGCGACUUUGUGCAGGGGCUGAGUGCCGGCAUCGGGCAGGUGGUGCGGGUCAUGCUCGAGCGCAUCUUCUGCGAGAAGGUCUCGCCACAGACUGGCCUUGUGGUGAAGGACCCGGCCGGCGAGCCUUUACGGCUGUUUUUUAAAAUGGGCAUGUUCUUGCAGGAUGGCGCCGCCCAGAAGUAUGUUUUUGGGAUUAAAGGCGAUGCUGGGAGCAG